AUGGAUCUUCAAGGACAACCCAUCGGUCAAGGCCCUCGCAGCACCAAGGUCACCACUGACCCUGAAGCCUACCGCAACCCCAUCCAGGAAUCCUCUGGACCAGUGUCCGGAGACUCUCUCGCCGCCGAAUCUGCCACCAAAGGUGGUUUAUACUCUCAAAACCGUGGUGCCCAACCUCUCGGGGUGGCUGGCCAGCAGUCUACCCUGAAUACUAAGGACACAUCCGCUGCCUCCGAGCUGCCAUCAGCUCCAGUUGGUGCUGCUCGUGAGAACCUUGACAGACAGGAGAAAUACCCCGAAGGUCUCGGUGGCCAAGGUGACUUCCCUGGUACCCAUCUUUCAACCUCCGGCUACGUUGGUGGCCCUACUGGUUCCAAGCAGCAGCAAGGAACCAAACAACAGUCCAAUGCCUCUCAGAACCAGCAGCGUGGCACCGCCAAUGCUAGCGGCAGCGGUUACCAGACCCGGUCCAAGACUGGCACUGCACCAUCAUAUGCCGAGGAUGUGGUCGGCGACUUCAGUAGCAAGAAGCCCCACGGCAAGAACUUGCAAGAGGGCGGUUUCGAUGACAGCAACAACGCGAGCUUCACCACCGAUAUUGGCGGUGAGAACGACCCUGGCCGUCUCGCUACGAAGGGCUUGCAGCAUAAGCAGGCAGAAUCCGGACCUACCGCCACACCGGCUGGCCGCGAGCAGAAGGGCGUCGACAACCAGCACUGGUACCAGCCUCUGCAGUCUGACCAGCGCGCUUAA